UUUUUUGUCCAAGACGUUGGUGAAUCUAUGAUACCCGUCUAAUGACUUUUGCAGAGUCAUAAAAGCCAACAGAUAAUUUGGCGGCAAAAAGCGUGCCGUGACUCGUACUUGUUGUUUCCCCACCAGCAAGGAUGUAAAUUGGAUAAUUGGUCUAUUACCAAAAGAUAAAAGACGCGUAAACACAGAUCUUACAUCAGAAUCCAAGCACUCUUAUCUUGAGUCAGUACACGAAGGCGUUUCUUUCCAGAAUAAAUUGAAACAAUACUGCAGCCCACCUGGCUUGACGCGACGUGCCGAAACAUCGCCGUAAGGUAAAAUCUUAUGUCGUUACCACAACUCAAAUGCAUUAAUGUAACCGUAUGUUUUAUUCAAUAUUAUAUAGUGGCCAAUAUUAUAUUUUUUUGAAGAUUAUUGAAUAAAAUCAGCACGAAACAUUUCCCUCCACAUUAAUUUUUACUGGCUUUAGAAGUGGUUUAUUGAAAAAAAGCGUGGAGAUCUGAUUAUCUUGUUUUGCUAGUAUCGAAAAUGCAGUGUCGAUCUUCCCUCAGAUGUACACUUUUACUCGUAAUAAAGUAAUGACCCUCUUCAGCUCAUCCUGAAGAUAGCUCCAUUUACACAUUGGUUUCACAUUAUCUCUAAUUUAGUCACAACAUAUUGUUCGCCUAAAACGAUUCACUCCAGAACUGCACGAAGCGAAACAACCACACGGCCCUCAUGGUAUUCACCAAAUAACAAUAGAAAGCAUACAUUUAUUGCUAGAAAACAGUAUUGGAGCUAUUUUAUUCGCAUUUUGCAACUUAGGAACUAAAGGUCUUUGGAUCAUAUUGCAAGGCGUUGUAAGUAAGAAUUGAAUCUAAGAUAACAACGAUUGAUAUUCCGCAAACUUGGAUAAUUGGAGCUCCCCGCUACGUUAGCUCUGAUAACUCAAAUUUUCACUAGCUCGGACUAGUUUUUGUUACCCUAAAGAGUUAUUUUUGGCGGAAAAUGUCAAAAUGAACAUUUUAUACUUAAAGCUUUCUUAUUCCUUCGUUUCAUAGACGCGAUAGAGAAAAUUGAUAUGCGAUUAUCGUUUCAUAUAUAUUUUUUUAAUAAUAAGAAAAAGUAAAAAUGCCCUGAGUAGCGAAGUUAGGUCAACAGAGAUAUCAUUAUGGUAUAUGGAUAUCGUUAUGGUUUAAAAUUCGAUUUUAUUGUUAUCCAAGAAACCGGUAAGGAUAUAGUCAUUACAAAACAGUUCAACGAGGGUGGUAAACAUCGUGCGAGUAAAUUCGCGCAUCCAGCAAACCCAAAUUUUGUCAUUUUUCCUGCGUUUGUAACAUUGUUCCUAAUUGCUUGGGAAGCAUUGUUUUUUUAGACUAUCCGGCUUCUUAAGCAGUAUUACUUGUUUAAUUAUAAUCAGAUUAAAAAUUGUUUGGUCUUUUAAAAGGAUUAAGACAGAUUGCUUGAAUGAGACAAUAGUUUUCUGUAAUUUGUCACAAGGUUCUCUGCCAAUUCACAGCCCCCAUGUUCUACAUUUUGGUAGCUAAAACAUUUUUUCUUAUUUAUAUUUAUAGUAAAAUAAGAGCGAUAAAAAAUCCAGACUAGAGGAGGCGUCUACCGCUCGCGUUUGACACAUUACAGAGAGGCUCGUGUGGCCCUUCGAGCCGGAUGCUUGUGUGUAUGCACGAAAGCGUAAAAACAAUCUGAUGAUAUAAAUCCUCUUCUUAACACUUCCCGUCGAAAUUCGUCACAUGUAACAAAAAUAGAGGGGAAUAUAUAAACAAAGCUCAAAUGCGUUUGAUCAGAUAUACCAUGCGCUGCAACUGCAUUGUGUGAUAUUUGUGGAACGAUUCCUUUCUUUUGAAACAAAACGCCUUGUUGAUACUCCCAUUGCGAACAACUCGACAAAAAUAAGGUAGCGAUGAACAACAGCAAUGCGACCGAGCCGUCCCGCGACGUGGCCGUGUUUGAGUUGUGGUACUGGGUAUUACGGGCCAUUAUCACUCUACUGACGAUUGUUGGGAAUGCUGUGGUGAUCCUGUUAAUUCUGUGCUGCCCUCGCUUGCGUAUCACACCAAACGUGUUUAUAUGUACGCUCGCUAUCGCCGACAUACUCGUGGGUAUUGUCAUCACGCCUUCAGAGUUCGCUUGCGCAUUUGUUUACCCCGGAGCCUGCGAAGGGCCGAAGCAACAUCUCACGUAUGACAUUCUCAUUCACCUCUCCGUGACGAACUUGUGUGCACUCACCUUCGACCGAUACACAGCGAUAGUCAACCCCCUUCGGUAUCAGUCCCACCUUAUACGCAAGGGGCACAGCAGACGUGUAGCUGUUAUACUUUUCAUAGCGUGGAUCUCAGCUGCCAUCUUCCCAGUCCUCGGCUUUCUCUUCCGCCACAGGGUAUCCGUCGCAAGUAUCUUCCGUAUCUUGGAUAUGGCGUUUCUGCUCGUACUUCCCCCAAUCCUACUCCUCUUGUCCUAUUUGCGCAUGGUGUACAUCGCGCGUAGACAUGAGCGUAAGAUCAAGCUACAGGAAUUCCAGCUCAGCUUUAACUACAGCAACGAGAACUUAUCCAAAGCCAGAGACAACAAGGUGGAGAGUCGUGAGCGAGCGACUGUUAAAAUGAUCGGUGCGGUUAUCGUUGUGUUCUUGGUGUGUUACGGGCUGGCGGUAUUUCGCUCCUUGUAUGGGUAUAUCAUGCGGAGGAGCAUACCCAUGGAAGUGCAGUACCUCUCACGUCUGCUGCUACUCGCCAACUCGGCCUUCAACUUCGUAGUCUACGCGUUUCUGAAAAAAGACUUCAAAGAUGCACUAAGGCGCAUGUGCAGACGAGCGUCACGUGACGUCAGGAAAUCGUACCGAGCGCUGAAAUACCGCCAGAAGCGCAAGAAGAACAAAAAAAGUGUAACAACGCAAACAGAGGACCCCGUGUAGCUUGAUUGAUCACAUUUAGGAGAAAAUAGGCUAAUUAACUGGAAUACAUAUCAAAUAUGAGUUUUGAGGUGAUAUUUAUACAAAAAAGGCAGACAGGUUAAUUAACUAACAACAAAUAUGUUAUUCCAGGUGAAACACUUCACGUGAAUAAAAGCAAAAACUAGUCGCACCCAGGCCUUGAAUAACAGGCCGGCCGAUUUAGUGAUGUAUAUCCCCUCCCCCUAAGUAGCCUAUUCUUUUUGAAAGGUUAGAAUAUGCGACUAAACACUUUUCCGACUAGACUGAUAACGUAAUGUGAUUUUUGUAUAUAAUAGGAUUCAAUAAAAUGAUUCUUUUUAUUUUA